AUGCUACAGUUGAGCGGAGGCGACAAAGGGGCGAUCUGCGUCCGGCACCGAUUUCCUUCGUUCCUCUUCCUCUCCGGUGGCCGGAUCGGCGCCGGAGGGGAUGGUGAAUGGGGAUUGAGGUGGCCGUUGUACAUAUACUUAUCUAGUAUAGGUCGUUUGGAUCUAGGCAGCGUUUGUUGGGUGGAGGUGGCGCUACGACUGUGGAAUAAGGGUCUCCGGCUCCUCCUCCACUGCGCCAGUGAGUCUUCUAGUGCCAGUGAUGAGCUGUUGAGAUGCGAGCACCCCGGAUCUGGAGUUCUGGUGCUUGCUCCAGAUCUCGUUGGGUUCUUUUGUCCCUUCCUUGUCUUCGUCAUUGAUGCUCGCUUCUUCGGCGAUGACCUUGGAAGGGAGGAGGUCGGCUUCAAGCUCUACGCUCUUGCCGACGGCGGCGAGGAAGACCAGGAAGAGGUGGGCUAUCCUUCCUUCUGGCACGCAUAG